AAGGUUCGGAAGGAGGGAAGCCCCGAGUCCUCCUGGGUAGACGGUGAAGCAGCAGCCACUUCCGCCGAGGAGAGGCCUCGCCAGCAGUAAAAAUGGCGGAGUCGGUGCUAGAAGUUGUAGGGAAGCUGCAGUCGCGGCUCACGGGCAGUUCGGAGCCCAAGAAGCUGAUGAAGAGUUUGAAGCGGCUUUCAGAGUUGCCUAUUACGGUUGAUAUCCUUCUGGAGACUGGAGUGGGGAAAACUGUGAACGGUUUACGGAAACACGAACAGGUUGGGGAGUUUGCCAAGAAUUUGGUGGCAAGGUGGAAAAAGCUAGUGCCAGUCCCACAGGAAGUGGAACGACCUAACCUUGAACCUGUAGAGCGCAGCUAUCACCGAAGCAUCUCUAGGAAACGGCAAAGGGAACCUUCCCCCAAAGAGGAUGAAGAGGUGGACCAGGACUACACAGAGGCGUACCAGCCUUCCUGCAGCCAGUCGUACGAGCCAGACAAUGGGGCAAAAAAGCCCAAGAGAUAUUAUGAGCCCGAAAAAGCCCAUGAGACGUUGAGCUAUGGUGUUCCAGAGGACAGGACGUGGGGCAGAGAGUCCCCUGCUCUCUCCUCUGACCAGGAAUGCUCUGACUAUGGACAUGCGGCCUCGCCCGAGCCUAGUGAUAGCCCUCAGGACCUGUACAUGGACCUCUGUAGAGCUGAGGACCAGGAAAGGGAGCAGAAGUCCCUUAAUCGGAAGUCCAAUAAGGGCCAUGGCUUUCAGGACAGGCAAGAGGGAAGCCAGAAUAGGAGCUUCAGUGACUCCCAGGAGAAAGCCAGCUUGGGCCGCAGCAAAGAGCACAAGUCUUCUCACAAGGAGAAGCUGCGGCUGGAGGCCAAGGGGGAGGAGAAAGGGCCUGCUUUUAGCCCGGAGAGGCUGCUAAAGGCUUCCUCCAAAGAGCCCCUGCGAGACUCUUCUAUGGUGGGGGGCAGCAAGGAGAGGCUGAAGGCCUUGGACAGCACCAAGCGAGAGAAGAAGAGAGAAGGCGGCAGCAGUAGCAAGAAGGAGAAGCCACACGUGGACUUGGAGGAAACGCUGGACAACCACCUGAGGAAGCAAAAGCACCAGGACUCUGAGAGAGUCAAGCCAGAGAAGGUGAAGCUGGGCAGCCUGGAGGCCUUGCCUGGAGAUCGGGAGAAGCGCAAGCCAGAGGGCGAUCCCUCCAAGAGCAAGGAGAAGAAGGCUUCGGGCAGCUCCAAGAACUUGGAGGGCAAAGCCAGGGCCUCCGAGUCAAACAAGAGACCAGCCAACUUCUCUCCUCCAAACGAUGGGGAGGGAGACGCAGAGGAUGUGUACGAGAAGCCGAAGAUGUCCUUUGAGUCCUACCUGAGUUAUGACCAGCCGCAGAAGAAGAAGAAGAAGAACGUGGUGAAGCCCACGGCUCCCAUCCCAGACAAAGACAAAGGGCACGGCAAGCAGAACGGUUCCAAGUCCAGCACCAAGAGCUCUGACACGAGCAGGAAGACACACAAGCAGGCCAGCGAGAAGAAGCAGUCGGGGGCUUCCAAAGCGAAAAAGAUGAUCAUUGAUGUGGUGCCAACGCUUCCUGACAUCCCCUUGCCCCCAAUCCAGGCCAACUACCGCCCUCUUCCUACAAUUGAAUCGAUGCCCCUUCCCCAGCCAAAAAGGAAAGUACUGUCCUCACCCACAGAGGAAGACGAGGCUGGCUUCACAGGACGCAGGCUGAAUUCCAAGAUGCAGGUGUACUCAGGCUCAAAGACUGCCUACCUCCCAAAGAUGAUGUCUCUGUAUGAGCAAUGCAUCAGGGUACUCAGCAAUAAUAUUGACUCAAUUUAUGAAGUAGGCGGUGUCCCUUUCUCUGUGCUGGAGCCUGUCUUGGAGAGAUGCACCCCGGAGCAACUGUACCGCAUUGAGGACUGCAAUCACGUUUUAAUCGAGGACACAGAUCAGUUGUGGCACAAUCACUGCCUUCGCGACUUCAAGAAGGAGAAGCCAGAGGAGUUUGAGUCGUGGCGGGAGAUGUACUUGCGCCUGCAUGAUGCCCGAGAGCAGCGGCUGCUGAUGUUGACCAAAAACAUCCAGUCGGCUCAUGCCAAUAAACCCAAAGGCAGAGUAGCCAAGAUGGCUUUUGUCAAUUCAGUGGCCAAGCCGCCCCGGGAUGUGCUGAGACGGCAAGCAAAAUUUGGGACUGGAGGAGCUGCAGUCCCAGAGAAAAUCAAGAUCAAACCAGUGUACUUCACGCCAGCUAAAACCAGCACUGUUCACACAGAAGAGGAACAGUCCUACGAUGGACCCAGCACUAGCAGCGGCCACUCGGGGCCGUCCCUGGGCAGUGCCUCCUCUGCUGGCUAUGACUCCAGGAAGCCUCCUGUGAAGAAGAUUGCACCUAUGAUGGCGAAGACGAUUAAAGAGUUCAAAAACCGAUUUUCUCGGAGAUAAAGACACCCAUGCCUGAGCGAGAAGGGAAUUAUUCUCCUCCUCUUUUGAUGGAAGCAGUGCUUAAUGGGAAAACAGGGAGGGGUUGGGGUGGCUAAGAAUCCCCCCAAGCCCAAUUUUAAGACCAACAGCACAGUAUUGUUCAAAGCAGCCCUCCAGUUCCUUCCUCUGCUCCUACAACCUGGUCUCUUCACCCAGCGUUUUUUAAAAUGUGAAGUCUUGGCACUUGCUGAGAUAAGAAGGUCCACAAACUGUUGCUCUUCCUUCAGUCUCUUUCUCUGAACUCCAGAAUGGAAAGGAAUACCUUCUUCCUCUACCUACAGUGUUCUUUUCUCAGUCCCAAUAUGUAUGGAUCUUGAUCUCUCCUAGCAUCCAGUUUGGAGAGUUCUUUUUUGCUGGUACUGUUACGAACAAAGGCCUUUACUUGUGACUGUAGCAGCCACUGCUGCUUCUCAAACCCCAUUUAGAAUCCCAGAGCCCUAGAUCCACCCCAUGGUUUUGCCAGCCCUCUAUCAAAUCAUCCCUGGUGCAGCACGUUCUUAUCCCCUCAAUUCUUAAAUCCCCAUUUUCCCUCUUAUCCCUAAAACUCUCAUGCCAGAUAUGUGUUGAUUAGGCCUUUCUACAUAUG